AUGGCGGUGGAGGGAAAGAAAUUUGAUGGUAGAGAGGCGAAGAAGGGGCUCUUCUUUUCCCCGCAUGCGUGGGGAUGGAUAACUCAUGGGAUGUUUUUGCUGCUGUUGCUGCCUAUGCCUCUUUUUUUCUGUUCUCUCUGGACGCAUUUGCGUGAAUGCUGUUGCUGCCCAUCCGGGCCUCUCCGUCUUUCUUCUGGGCAUGUAGAAAGGCACGCGAAGGGAAUUGUGCAGCAAAUGCGCCGGACGUUACGUCAUGGCUACCAUGCCUACGUUCCAAAGGGCGCGCUUCUCAAAACAGACAUGCUCGCAUCUUCGCCCCAAUUGGUGACGGCCGUGUUCCGUGAGACGGAGGCCGCGGCAGAACGUGCGGACAGGGCGAAUGAUUAUGCAGGCUUUUUUAGCCGGCCUCGACUGAACUAUCCAGUCGCGUCCGGCAUUCCGGCAUUUAUCUCCAGGCGACAGUUCGAUGUGCAGUACAAUAUCUUUCACCACGAUGCGGUGGCGACGCUCAACCGGCACACGUUAGGCACCUCACUGGAGGGGCACAGUCUUGAGACCGUCAUACGUAGAGCGUCGUUUGAUGCCACGCAGGCAGCGGUGCACACCGCGGCGGCCGAGCACUUCAACUAUUGUUUCUUUUACAAGUCGCUUCGGCCAUGGGGAACGGCGGUGCCAAAACAACUUCGCGAGGCUUUUCAGUUGCAAUACGGCCGCGACGGAUCGGUAGAUGUGGUGGAGGAGGUGAAGCGGCUGUUCACGGUCGUGGUUCUCUCGCACCAAGAGCGUUGUGGUUGGGUUUACCUUGUCUGGACAGGAAAGCAGUUUGAUGUCGUGGAGUUUCCUCACGGUGCGUGCCCCAUUGGCAGUGAUCUCAUCCCACUCCUGGCGAUUAACGUGCAUGAAGGCGCCUAUUCCCUCGACUACGGUCCUUCGGGACUGGAGCAGUACGCACAAAACUACUUUAGGGCGUGCAAUUGGUUCCUCGCUGAACGAUAUUACUUGCAGGCGACGGGGAGGGGGUCGAGUUGCGAUGCAUGA